ACAUUAUAUUUCUGUUUCAGUUCUUCUAGUAAGUGUAAUAGUGUGCUGGAGGUCCUUGAACUGUAUUAUAAGAAUCUAUUGUUAGAUUUUUAUGGAAUUUCGUGAGUUGAUUAUAAACAUAGCCGUUAUUCAAAAUUAAAGUAUAUAAAUAUAUGGUAUACAUUAUCAUUACAUUUAACCUAAUACUCAAACUCAUCAUAUCCUAGCAUCUGUAUACUUGAAGUUAUUUGCAUCUGUUGUGUCUGUUGGAUAGAAAUGCCACACUAGGUAGUGUGCUGGUACCACAAAAAAGGAGUAUUUACCUCAUGGUAAUUGGGAAAAUAGAAAUCAGGGCUUGAUUUGUUAUUUGUUGGUGGUCUAAACUCAAAAGAUAAAAUGUUAAUCCAGAUUAAAUUUCAGAAUGUGAUAUGACUCUUCUUAACUGCUAAAAUGUGUGUAGCACAACAAAUUGAGGAAAUUGCCUUGUGAUAUUGAAAACUGUUAAUUCAGCAAAGAUUUGAUGUUGUCUAUGAAAAAUGAAUGGAAGUCUAAUAUAUGUCUUCAUUGUUUCAUUUUCAUCUUAUUCAUUUUUGUAAAUGAAAAUACCACCCACUCUUCAUAUUGGAUUACACUCAUUUGCAAAUCAUGUGACCUGUGUUUCUGACUGAAUUGGAUCAUAAUGAAACAUUCAUAGUCAGAUUUUGUGAUACUGUUGUUGGCAAUAGACGUUUUUUAAAAUCUGAUAGUGGAUUUUUCAAGAAAUAGCAAGUGACAUUGAAGUUAUAGGUAAAACUGAACAUCAAGGUUCUAUUCCCUAAAAUGCCAAAACGACAGGGUGACAUCUUGCACUUUUUAAAUGCGAAGAAGGCUAAAACAGACACAGAAAGUAAUGAUAGGAACAAAAAUCAUUGUGGACUGUCUAAGUCAAAGGAACCAAAUUUAGAAUGUAUUGAACAACCAAUCAUUGAACAAAAGCCAUCAUGUUCAUCAAAGGAAGAAAUAGAUAAUCUUAUGCUUCCAGAUUGUUGGAAUGAAAAACAAGCAUUUAUGUUUACAGAACAGUAUAAGUGGCUUGAAAUUAAAGAAGGUAAAUUAGGAUGUAAGGAUUGUUCAACAGUUCGGCAUUUGGGAUCGAAAGCAGAAAAGCAUGUCCAUGUAUCCAAGGAAUGGAUUUCAUAUUUAGUAACCCCUAAUGGCAGUAAUAAAACUACCAGACAAGCUUCUUUGCGGAAAAAAAUUAGGGAGCAUGAUAUAUCUAAAGCUCAUGGUAAAAUUCAAGAUUUAAUAAAGGAAUCAGUUAAUGAUUCCAUUUCUAAUAUAGUGCCUAAACAAAAUAAUAAAAAUAUUGAUGCUACUGUAAAAGUUUUCAAUACUGUUUACAGUUUAGUAAAACAUAAUAGACCUUUAUCUGAUAUUGAAGGGGCAAUAGAAUUACAGGAGAAAAAUGGAGAGGUCAAUUGUUUAAAUACCCGCUACAGUGCAACAAGAAUAGCAGAACAUAUUGCAAAAGAAAUGAAGAUGAAGAUAUUUAAGAAUAUCAUUGAAGAGAAAGCCAAAAUCUGUAUCAUAAUUGAUGAGGCAUCUACAGUUUCAAAGAAAAGCACCCUUGUGAUUUAUCUCCAGUGCGCAAUUCAGUCAGCUCCUGCACCUGUUACAUUAUUUGUUGCUUUAAAAGAAUUAGUAUCAACCACAGCAGAGUACAUUUUAAAUACAUUAUUGACUACUUUAAAUGAUUAUGGCUUUACAAAUGAAUAUUUGAAAGCAAAUUUAAUUGCAUUUUGUUCUGAUGGUGCUAACCUGAUACUGGGAAGAAAGUCUGGUAUAGGUACAAAAUUGUUAGAAAAAUUUCCUGAAAUCAUUAUGUGGAACUGUUUAAACCAUCGAUUGCAAUUGUCACUUGAUGAUUCAGUAUCUGAAAUAAAACAAGUUAAUCAUUUUAAGAUAUUUCUUGAUAAAAUUUAUUCUCUUUAUCAUCAAUCUAAUACAAAUCAAACCAAGCUAAUAGGAUCUGUAGCUAAAGACCUUGAAAUUGAAAUUAUUAAAAUUGGUCGGGUAAUGGGACCAAGAUGGGCUGCAUGUAGUUUACAAGCUGCUACUGCUGUAUGGCAUGCAUAUCCUGUAUUAUAUAUGCAUUUUUCUAAUUCUUAUUCUGGUUUGGCAGAGAGAUUAGCUAAUACUAAUUUUUUACAAGACCUUGCUUUGAUGAUUGACAUUCUUGAAGAAUUUUCCCUGCUUUCAACUGCAUUACAGUCAAGAGCAACUAAUAUUCAGAAAGCACAAAAAUUGAUCAAACGAACCAUAAGAGCUUUGGAAAAUUUAAAAAUUGAUACUGGAAAAUAUGAAUCACAGGUUGAAGAUUUGAUUAAGUCAGAGAAGUUUAGAGAUAUUCCAUUUAGUAAGAAUAAUAAGUUUAAUGCUCUUCCUAGGAAUAUGUUGCUAGAAAAUAUAAUUCAACACAUGAACUUACGCCUUUUUUCUGAUAGAAACCAUGAUGAAAGUAUUUUUAAUUAUUUUGAUUUGCUAGAACCUUCCACAUGGCCUUAUGAAGAAAUGACUUUACCAUGGACAGCUGGUGAAAAAAAAUUAUCUCAUUUGUGUGAAAUUUUAAAAUACAAAAUUGAUUUGAAUGAUUUUCAGGAAUUUAUAAAUAAUAAUAUAAAAUCAGAUAAUGUUUCAAUUCCUACAACUAUACAAAAAGCUAAGAAGAUAGUUAGCACUAUCGCAGUCAAUAAUGCUGAAGCUGAAAGAGGUUUCAGUUUGAUGAAUAUAAUUUGUACAAGGGUGAGAAAUAGUUUAACAAUAGAUCACAUAUCUGAUUUAAUGACAAUAAAUUUAUUGGGGAAGGAAUUAGCAGAUUGGGAUGCAACUCCAUUUGUAAAAUCUUGGUCAAAUUGCAACCAUAGAUUGGCCACAGAUACAAGAGUUCGGCAAAAAUCAACAAAGGUCUUCUCUGAGAAUUAGCUGGCUAUAAGAAACUUUCAGUAAAAAAUAUCCUUUAUGUUUUUAUCAUUUGUAAGUUUUGUGCCACACAUCCUUUACAUACUUAAAAGUGUUUUUGAAAGCCAGUUAAACUAUUAUCAGCAUUUUGCUGUUUAAAUGACAUUCUUUAAAGAGAUAAAGCUGAUGAUAAUUGUUUUUUAGAACUGUAGAUUUUUAGAGUUUGACCCAUGUCUGCUAGAAUGGGUCAUUAUAUAUUCCAAAAAGUCUUAUAUAGAACUUCCAACCAUUUACACUUUUUGCACUGUUUUAUAUUAAAUAAGAAUACAAAAAAAAAAUAAGUGACUCACAUCUAAGUUCUAAACCUUGAAGGUUUUAUCAAAUAAAAGAGAAAUGGGAUAAAAACUAAGCCUUUUGGCUCUAGUCUUUCUCAUUUUUAUACCUGCACUAUACAGUAUUGUAGCCACUAGCUUCAGUGACUGACUGACAAUUAGACACUUGAGUUGAGUUCGUUAGGACUAAGGAAGUAAGAAUUACUUAAUUUUAAUCUUGUAAAAACUGAAGCAACAUAAAAUAUUUUUCUGCAUAACUUUUUUGGGAAUACAUUUCCCUUUGUUACCUUGCAUAAAAUAUGAUUUUAGUAUGCUUGUCAAACUUCUGUAUCAUUUCUAAUAUUACAUAUAAACAUAUCACUAAUUAAGUCUGACAACAGACAGAUCAAUGCAAAUUAUUUUUUCUACAAUGAUGUAACAUUAUACCAUGUUUUUCCUGAACGUAUUAUGCAGACCACAGGAAUUAUAGUGAUACUUAUGUAAAUCAAUUGCUGAUUAAAUUGAAAUGCUUAUUUUGAUUAUAAUUAUUUUUCUAGUUUUCACAUGAAUAUCAACAAAUUUUUAAAUUUAAAAUGAAGACAUACUGAAAAAACAAUAAGUAGAGAUGGAGAAGCUAGUAUAUCAGUAACAGCUAACAAAAAGAAACUGGAAGAAGGUAUAUUGCAGAUUUCAUGAUGAAUGGCAAUUGCAGUUUGCUAUGGCAGAAAAGCAAGCUGAUAAUUAAGAAAAAAUUAGAUAUGAAUGUAUUCAUAUCUACUUUGUAUUCAGAAAGUGCAAAAUGAAUUAGAUAAAUUACCUUUCUAAGGUCAAAAAAAGAAUUAAACUAGCACAUUGUAUCCUCACAGAUAUGUACUCCUAUGUAUCAAUUAAAAAAUAAAAUUAGUCAUCUGAAAUCAGAAUUAAAUGUCUAACAAGACAAAUUUUUAACAAUUUUUAUAGGAUCUGAGCUUUUAAGUUUGGCCUGAUGAAUUUAAAACAGCUUGAAUUCUUGCAUUAAAGAGAACUAGUUUUUAGAUGGAUUAAUAGUAAAUUAUGUAGUUGUAGAAAUUGUUAGAAAAUUACGAGCAAAACCUAAGAUAGUUUAUAAAAACAUGCAGGAGCUGGGCACCAUCACAUACCUGUAAUCCCAGCCUCUUGGGAGGCUGAGGCAGGAGGAUUACAAGUUUGAGGCCAGCCUCUGCAACUUAGCAAGACGCUGUCUGAAAACAAAAAGGGCUGGGAAUGUAGCUAAGUGGUAAAAAUGUCCCUGGGUUUGAUUCCCAGUACUUGAGACAGGCACGCAGGGCCUUCAGUUAAGCCAUCAAUUGCUUAUACAGUAUGUACCUAACAGUAUCAAAGAUUGAUUGAAAAUCUGAAAAGUUGCAGAUAGCUUUAGGUGAGUAUAUAAGAGACACUUCCCAAUUAAUAAUCCUAAGUAUAUUUUAUCUCAUAGGACUUAAAAAUUAUAAGGAAGUAAUUUAAAUUCAUAACCUAAAAAAUAAUCAUGCAGCUGUUUUUUUAGUCUUUUACAUAUGUCAUGCAGCAUCCAACACGGCCCAACCCUCCAGCUCCACCUGUUCUUGGGGUUUUAGACUUCUCUGUCUAUGUGGCCAUGUAAGCUGAGUCUUCAAAAUGAAUUUCUUAAUACACGCAUGUGCCAUGAUGGGAGUUUCAACUAGAUGGGAAAAAAAAAAAACUUUCACAAUAAAGAACACUCUGGCUAGGUGAGGUAAAAAAUUGUAUUUCUUUGGAAUUUCAAAAUAAGCCUGAUGGGGGCUAGGGAUGUGGUUCAGUAAUAGAGCAUUUGCCUCUCAUGCAAGAGGCCUUGGGUUUAACACCCAGCACCACACACACACACACACAGAGCCAAAGAAUAAGCCUGGUGUUUUCCUUAUUUCUUUCUGUUUUUUUGUUUUGUUUUGUUUUUGUUUUUAAUACCAGGGAUUGAAUUGAACUCAGGAGCACUCAACCACUGAGACACAUCCCCAGUCCAGUUUUGUAUUUUGUUAGAGACAGGGUCUCACUGAGUUGCUUAGCACCUCACCAUUGCUGAGGGUGGCUUUGAACUCAUAAUCUUCCUGUCUCAGCCUGAGCUGCUUAGAUUGCAGGUGUGUGCCACCAUGCCCAGCUUCCUUAUUUCUUUGUUCUAUUGCAUGAUGCAGUGUGAAAAUAUUUUUGCUCAAUUUUUUGUUUUGUGUUUUGAUAUUGGGGAUUGAACCAGUGGUACUCUUGGCCAUUGAACUAUAUUCCCCAGCCCUUUGUAGUUCGAGACAGAGUCUUGCUAAAUUAUCCAUGCCGAUACCAAACUUUCAAUCAUCCUGUCUCAAUCUCCUGAGUAGCUGGGAUCAUAGGUGUGCACCACGAUACCCAACUUGUGCUCAUUUUGUUUCUUUUUUUUUUUUUUUUGAGAGAGAGAAUAUGAAUCUUUUUUGUAGAUGGACACAACACAAUACCUUUAUUUUUUUUAUGUAGUGCUGAGAAUUGAACCCAGGUCCCACCCGUGCUAGGCGAGCGCUUUACUGCUGAGCCACGAUUCCAGUCCCUGUGCUCAGUUUUUUGAAAUGGGUUCUAUGACAAGUGUUAUAGAACAUUUAAGUAGUUGUUCACAAAUGCAGACAGAGUGGCAAUGAAUUAGGGCAAUGAAUUUAGUGAUCUUACAUGCUCUACCAGUUGGUGAAAUUGUGGAAGAGUUAUACAAAAUUUAAUGUACUUUUAACUUCAGCUCAGGAUUUUCUUGAAACAGAAAUGGGAGGAGAAUACUUAAUAAGAACAGAAAUGGUAGUUUUGUUUUCUCCCCAAUAUCACAUGGCAUAUGAAGGAUCUAAAUUUGAAGUUCUAAGGCUAGGGAAAAAAACUUUGUUUUUUUAACUAGACAAAUACUAGAAUUUACAUUGAAAUCAAAUCUUUAAACAAUGAAAAUUAGUAAGAAUCUUACACUUUUUCUUAUUCUUCUUUUUGUGUGUGUGUGUGUGUGUGUCACUGAGAAUUGAACCCCUAGCUACUCUACUACUGAGCUACAUCCCCAACUCUUGUUUUACUUUUAUUUUGAGACAGGGUUUCACUUUGAGGCUGGCUUCAAAUUUGUGAUCCUCCUGCAUUAGUCUCUGGAGUCAAUAGGAUUAAAGUACUAUACCAUUGUACCUGGCAAAUAAUUUUAUUUAUAUAUCUAUCUUAUUUACUUAUAUGUGUGUGUGUAUAUAUAAUACUGGGUAUGGAACCCAGGGCUUUACACAUGCUAACAAAGCACUCUACCACUGAGCUAUAUUCCCAGCCCACACUUUUUUUUAGUGAGGGGGUUCCAGGGACUGAACUCGGGGUACUCGACCACUGAACCACAUCCCCAGCCCUAUUUUGUAUUUUAUUUAGAGACAGGGUCUCACUGAGUUGCCUAGUGCCUCACUUUUUGCUAAACUGGCUUUGAACUUACAUUACAAUCCUCCUGUCUCAGCCUUCUAAGCUGCAUGUGCCAUCACGCCUAGCACAUGUUUGUUUGUUUGUUUGUUUGUUUUAACAUGAACCAAUGUGUACAAGAUUUUAAAUGUAUUUGAAAGUGUUAUGGAAAUUUACUACAAAAACCACAAGAAAAUUUUGAAAACUCCUUUAUUGAUGUAUUUAGAGUUGCUUUUCAAUUUAUUCAGCCAACUCUGAAAUCAGUGUUAAUACUAAAUUGGCGUAAAAUUUAUUGAAUUUACUCAAAUGGUUUCAAAGUGAUAAUGCUUUUGGUCUGAAGUCAAAUCAGUUAUUUUUAAAAAGAUGAAUGGUAUAUAUUCAUACCUAUAGACUGAAUUUUAUUUGUUUUUGAAAAUUAACUUUUACCUUUAGCCUAUGUGAUUUUCCCAUGUUAAAAGCCAAAUGUGCCAGGCGCUGUGGUGCGCACCUAUAAUCCCAGUGGCUCUGGAGGCUGAGGCAGGAGGAUCUUGAGUUCAAAGCCAGCCUCAGCAAAAGCAAGGUGCUAAGCAAUUCAGUGAGUCACUGUCUCUAAAUAAAAUACAAAAUAGGGAUGGGAAUGUGGCUCAGAGGCAGAGUGCCCCUGAGUUCAGUCCCCAGUACCAAAAGAAAAAAAGAAGCCAAGUGACACCUUACUGUUGGAAGUUGUUGAAGUUACUUAUUGUGGGUAGAAACAUCCUGUCAAGUGAAAUAGUUUUAUAGGCAUGGGUCUUCUCUCCCCAAAAGGGUGGGUAAAAUACAUUAAUUUGGCUAGGGCAUAAUAUUUAAACUUCCAUAAAGUGCUCAUCCACUUUGUGAUUUGUACAUGAAAAGUCCCAAAAUAAAAAUGGCACUUCCAUCACGAAAACCCUUUCAUCCUUCUUGUCCUAAAUAAACUAAAGGGCACUGGUUAGUAUGGGGAUCUUUUGGAAUUUGGAAAGCAGACAGCUUUAUAAAGUUGAAACAGCAGCAGCAGCAUCCAUAAAAUAUAAACCAAAAUCUUACUGUUUUUUUUUUUUUUUUUUUUUUUAAAAAGGAUGGGCUGGGAUUGUGGCUCAGCGGUAGAGCACUCACCUUGCACAUGCAGGGGCCUGGGUUCAAUCCUUAGCAUCAUGGAAAAAUGAAUGAAUGGAAUAAAGGUAUUGUGUGCAACUACAACUAAAAGAUAAAUAUUUUUAAAACAUAAAAUAAAAAGGGAUUUUUUUCAGCAUGGAUAUGAAAACUAAAGUAAAAGAAUAACUGUUUGGAAUAAUUUGAGUAUGUGACUCUACUUUUUCACUUGUGACUUUAUGAAAUUUAUACACAGAUCAAGUAUUCGUGAUGAAAAAAGGCAUUUGGAGGAAUUGAUAUAUGCUUUAAGUGUAAAAUACACAUUGCAUUUUAAAGACUUAGUAUGUAAAUUAUCACAUUAAUUUAUGUUGAUAAUAUGUUGAAAUUUAGAUACAUUGGGUUAAAUAAAAUAUUAAAAUUAA